UCGUCUUGAGUUCAUUCAACAAUUUGGUCGUCCACCCACCUUUAUGGAAAUGAAUGACCUGAUGCACAAGUAUGCAGAUUCCGGUGAAUGGACGGGGGCAAGGGCGCAAGAAGUUUCGAGGUUGACGCAAAUUUGGGCUGAAGAAUAUAAUGCCAGCCAACUACGACUACCACCUCAUAGGCGAGAUAAUGAGGAGGUUCGUCGAAACAAGAUGUCGUUGGAUUUUGUUAAGAAUGCUGGUGGUGCGAAUCGAGGUCGCAAAUUCGCUGCUGGGUGUACAUCUUCUUUAUAUGAAAGUGACCCAACUGGUUUGAGAGAUGUCACUUACACAUCUUCAUCUAGAUCUAGUAUGAGUACAGGACGCUCUCGGUCAGCUCAAAGAGAGUAAACCGAUGAUGAGUAUCU